UGGGAACAUAGGAGAAACCGGAUUAAUACCUUAUUCGACUAAAAAUGGCCAAAAACACAUCUCUCUAUUUUCGAAUUGUCGAAGGCAGGAACCUCCCGGCCAAAGACGUCUCCGGAACCAGUGAUCCAUACUGCAUUGUAAAAGUUGACAAUGAAGUUGUGGCCAGGACUGCCACAGUGUGGAAGAACCUUAAUCCUUUCUGGGGCGAAGAGUACACGCUGCACCUCCCGAUGGGUUUCCAUUCGCUCUCCUUUCAUGUCAUGGAUGAGGACACCAUUGGCCAUGAUGAUGUUAUUGGAAAGAUUACUCUGAGCAAAGAAGCCAUCGGAUCUCAAGCUAAAGGGCUAGAUAGUUGGAUGAAUCUGACGAGGGUCGACCCUGAUGAAGAAGUCCAGGGAGAGAUCCACCUGAGUCUGGAGCUGCUGAAAGAUACAGAGAAGAUCAGUCUGCGAUGUCAAGUCAUUGAAGCCAGAGACUUGGCUCCAAGAGACAUCUCUGGAACUUCGGAUCCAUUUGCAAGAGUUAUUUUCAACAACCACAGUGCUGAGACCUCGAUUAUCAAGAAAACCCGUUUCCCUCACUGGGGAGAGAGACUGGAGCUGGAGCUGGAUCCAGAGGAAGUAAGUGAGGAAGGAACAGUCACUGUGGAGGUCUGGGACUGGGACAUGGUGGGCAAGAAUGACUUUCUGGGAAAGGUGGAAAUCCCUUUUGCUUGUUUGCACAAGACACCUCUAUUAGAGGGCUGGUUUCGUUUGUUACCCUUGGGAAACAAUGAGGUUGAUGCCGGAGGCAAGCUGGGAGCACUGCGUCUAAAGGUGCGUUUGGUGGAGGAUCGGAUCCUGCCAUCUGUGUACUAUCAGCCUCUCAUCGACCUUCUGGUUGAGUCAGUCAUCUCCCCUACAGAGGUGGAGGACAGUAGUGCUCUGACCAUGCUGGAGGAGGUGACCACGGUCGAGAGCCGCCAAGACGUGGCAAUGACCCUGGUGAAGAUCUACCUGGGCCAGGGCCUGGUGGUGCCCUUCCUGGAUUACCUUAACACCCGGGAGGUCAACCACACCACUGAUCCAAACACUUUAUUUCGCUCCAAUUCACUUGCCUCCAAGGCCAUGGAACAGUUCAUGAAGGCUGUUGGCAUGCUGUAUCUGCAUGAGGUGUUGAAGCCCAUCAUCAACCGCAUCUUCGAUGAGAAGAAAUACAUUGAGCUGGACCCGUGUAAGAUCGACCUGAACCGCACAAGACGAAUUUCAUUUAAGGGUGCAGUGUCAGAGGCAGAGGUGCGGGACAGCAGUGUGGAGAUGCUGCAGAGCUACUUAACCAGCAUCAUUGAAUCAAUCGUGGGCUCAGUCGAUCAGUGUCCUCCUGUUAUGAGAGUGGCCUUCAAACAGCUGCACAAGAGAGUGGAGGAGCAAUUUGCUGAACCUGAGAAUGAGGAUGUGAAGUAUCUGGCCAUCAGUGGAUUCUUCUUCCUGCGUUUCUUUGCUCCUGCGAUCCUCACGCCUAAACUGUUCCAGCUGAGAGACCAGCACGCUGACACGCGUACAAGCAGAACACUGUUACUACUGGCCAAGGCAUUACAGAGUGUCGGGAACUUGGGCCUGCAGCUGGGUCAUGGAAAAGAGCAGUGGAUGGCGCCUCUUCAUCCCAUCAUCCUUCGCAGUGUCGCCUCUGUGAAGGACUUCCUUGACAAGUUAAUUGACAUAGAUCAUGACAUCGCGUCCGAGGUGCCUCAGAGGGCUGUGUUCAUGCCCUCAGUCACAGUUAAAGAGGGGUACCUCCACAAACACAAGGCAGAGGGACCCCAGCUGUUGUCCCGCUUUGCCUUCAAGAAACGCUACUUCUGGCUGACUAGUGAGACGCUGUCCUAUGCCAAGACCCCUGAGUGGCAGGUGCGCUCCUCAAUCCCUAUUCAGUGUGUGUGCGCCGUGGAGAGGGUGGAUGAAAAUGCCUUUCAGCAGCAGAAUGUAAUGCAGGUCAUCACCCAGGACAACGAAGGACAGCUGCACACCAUGUACAUCCAGUGCAAGAACGUGAAUGAGCUGAACCAGUGGCUUUCAGCGAUCAGGAAAGUCAGCAUCUACAAUGAGCGCAUGCUGCCCUCUUUCCACCCAGGGGCUCAUCGCGGUGGCAGGUGGACCUGCUGCCUGCAGGCAGACCGUCCUGUUACAGGCUGCAGUAGAACCCACUCAGCUGUGACUCUGGGUGACUGGAGUGACCCGCUGGAUCCUGACGUUGAGACUCAGACCAUAUUCAAGCAGCUUCUCCAGGGCAGAGAUAAACUCAGGAAAAAGUAUCUGGAGAUGCCAGACGCUGAUCAGACGUCGAGCAAUAAAGAAAAGAUCAGCUCUGAUGUCCACCCAGAUGGUGCAGAAUGCAAUGUUCAGCUUGUGAAGCCAGGUCAGAGUGUCGCUGCUCGGCUGCUGGCGGUCAUAGAGGAUCUGGAGCAGGCUCACGCCACCUUCCAGCGCAGAGAAAAGGAGGACGCCACCAGUGUCAUUCUGAAUCCCUAGACUCGACAUAGACUUGGAUCUGCUAAAGCCUGAAGGGACGGGGGAUGGGGAAGGGGGGGCAGCAUCCUGUACCAACAUCCUGAACCAAGUGAGCAUCUUAUAUCAACUCUCUUGAUUAUGAGGGAGAAAGAGUGGCCACAGGGCGCAACCUCAUCCAGCCUUUUAGUACAUUCCCUGCUGUAAAAAGCACAGGAAAUUCUGCCACUUUGAAUCUUUUUGUAUUCUCUGAGUGCCACCGACUUUAACAGCGCCGGGGAGAGAUUAUAAUACUUGACGAUAAAGGGGGCCGAGGGACUUUGAGGCAUGAUCUGACUUGAUAUUUUUAAUGUAGAUAACAAGCAAUCUGUUGCAUGGCCUGCAUCCACUUGUUGUGAAAUGUGAAGAGAAGCUUUUUAUAUUUUGAGAUACUGUACAGGACCUCGGUCACAUAUUUUUAUGCAAAAAGCGUGUUGUAGUGUAAAAUGUACAGUACCUGAAUGUAAGGUGUUUUAAUAUUGCUUUUAUCAACGUUUUGUAUUGAAGCGAUUUAUCACUGUGGCCGCAAUGUAGCAGUUGACAUUAACAUUAUUGAUCAUACCACCACGAGUUUAUGAAACGCUGGUGCACAUGCCACAGUGUGACGCUGCCUGUACA